GAGCGCUUGCCGAUUGUGAAAUAUUCCUUGCUUUUCACCUGUAAAACGUCUCUGCCCUUUAACAUACAUCACACACUCGCUCUACAUAAGCACACACAUUUCAUAAACAAGGUGCAGGUAUGCACACGUGAACGCUGACCCACUGCCUGUGUGUGUGCGUGUGUGUGUGCGCGUGUGCGCGCGCGCCGUGUGUGUGUGUGUGUGUGUCUGUUUAAAUGUUUGUCUGAAACAGGAUGUGGUCCUCAGACUUUUUUCUUUUCUUUUCUUGUCACUAAGAAUUGAGUGUGUGACCGAUUUUCCUCCCACAUAAAACUUCAGACACACCCACACACCCACACACACACACACGACCCUUUAAAACCCUUCAAAAUCCUAUACACCGUAAAAGAGAUAGGAGAGAGCAAGAUGAACAAAUGGACAGAAGCAGAAAGGGAGGAGUCAAGUGACUGAGAGAGAGAGAGAGAGAGAGAGAGAGAGAGAGAGAGAGAGAGAGAGAGAGAGAGAGAGAGCUGAGGUAUGGCUCCUGCUCACAGAGCUGCGUGAAGCAUCUCAGCCUGCACCUACAACAGACAGCAGCAGCGAUGUGGACUGUAAUACUUUUCCUUCUAUUACCUGGAGACGCUCAGUCCGAUCACACACACUCUGAAUUGUCGUGUGUAAACGACUACAUGACAAACAUCUCGUGUACGUGGAACCACACUGCGUGGCUUACAGGCCAGAACUGCCAUCUUCAGGUGACCAGAGACAAAAAAAGUGAAAAAACUAAAAUCUGUUCCUUGAACACCACAAGAAGCUGCUGGAUUAACAUGUCAUCCAAAUUCUCCUUUUCUGAGACAAUUGAUUUGGACGUGUUCUGUAACAAGAUGUGGAGGGACGGUGUGAAGAAGUACCGCCCCGGCCACCACGUUAAGCUCCGCCCUCCUGAGCAGCCGAAUGUUACUGGGAACAACGUGACAUGGAGUAAAGGAGUUAACUUCCCCCAAUUCAUCACGAAAUAUGUGUUCGAGCUGCAGAUCAAAGUCAAGCAACAGAACUGGAAGGAAGUUAAACCGAGGCGUGUGGAUGGCACGUAUGUGCUGUUGGAUGGCGACUCAGUGUGUGUGGGGGAGUGUGAGGCACGAGUACGUGUGAGACCAAUCGAACCAACAAAAGUGGACCAGAUCAACGGCUCCUGGAGUGACUGGAGCCCUGCCGUAAGCUGGAGGUCAGAGGCCAUCGUGAACAUACAGGGGACACAUAAAAAGGAGACGAGCAGCAUCCCUCACCCAGCAGUCGUAGGAAUGCUGGUGGGGUUUGUAGCACUCAUCCUCAUUGUCCUCAUCCUCAUUCCACUCUCUGUCUUCGGACACAAAUGUGGGCUGAAGGUGGGCUGUGAGCACGUUCCUGACCCCUCCAAAUACUUUCAGCCUCUCAUUAUUGAGCACAAAGGAAACUUUCAGGAAUGGCUGGGUCCUCAGCACUCGGUUUCGGUGUGCCUUCCUCCUCAAUCAUGUGACUGCGAAAUCUCUCCCGUUGAUGAAGUCUCUGAAGCAUGGGACGACCCUCUGGCUGGCAACACGUCUAUGCUCAUCUAUGCUAAUUAUGCAGCGGCUUUGCACCAGGAAGUGAGUGAUGACAGUCAGCUGUCGUCCGGCGUCUCUAACAUGGGGUACUUCUACAGCGAGCACCAGCCAGGCUCCGUGUGCCUAGACUCCUGCCCCGUCUACUUCACUUACCAUCCUGAAGUUGGUGCCCUCCAGUCCAGUACAUCUUACGAGCGCCUGCAGGGGGCAGCGCUGGCGAACCUGGACUCCGGCUUUGGCAUGGAAGCAGAAAAAGAAGAGGCUGAUGAGGAAGAACAAGAAGACGACACAGGAAAAGGACAGGAGAAGGAAAGCCGUGGGGUCAACAUGCAGCACCUGGUCUCGUUCGUUUUGUCCUUGCCAGAGAGUGCAAACGUCACUAUCCCACCAUCCUUCGCAGAGCUCACAUCCUGGCACGAGGACUCCGAAUCUUCUGGAAUCAGUAGGAACACCGAGUCUCCGGAUGGCACUGUGGUUCGAGCCUCAUCCAUGGUGGUGCAGCCGUGCAGCAGCGGCUAUUUAACCCUGAAGGAGAUGCAGAAAUACAGCAACAAAUCCAUCUGAACACAUGUUCGAUAACUAAAUUCGAAUCCAAACAAAUUCGACAAAUCUGCAAAUUGCUUUCGAAUUCAUCCUCUGAAAUGUGGAUUUGAUCCAUCAUGGUUAAAUUUCUCAUUCAUUUACAGUACGAGUUGUGCUUGUAAAUUUUCAGUGUCGGGACAAGUAGUGACCAUUUGCUAAAAACAUUAUCGAUAUAUUACUUGUUGCAAACUUUGACUUCGGGUAUAUCAGGACGUAAAAUGUAAAACAGUUGCUCAGUCUCUGAAAGGUCCUCUGUGGGAAUGAUCUGGGAAUUUUAGUUAGCGCAUCAACAGUUUGUACCGGAGUGUAAAGCGAAGCUAGCUAACUCAUAUCAGAGUAUAAACACUGCCAAGUCAAAAAUUAUAACAAACUUCAGUUCAUUUGUGUAUAUUAUAGACAUCAAAACUGUUAUAUUGGCUGUUGUUGAAGGAAAUAUCACGUGUUACACUAGCUAGUUGUGAAACUGCAUCAACCAACAGGAAAUUCAAAUCAGGGACACCUACUAGCAACAUAUGUAUAGAAAUGUGUGAUCUCGGGGUUAUAAGUGGACUCUUCUGCAAAAUGUCCACUGCUGUCAUUGUGCAGUGUAAAAGACAAGCAACAUUUUCACAGUUUGAACCAUCUUCCAUUUUUCAUCUGUUUUCAUAUAUUCAUGCUGCAUUCAAUGUGUUUAAACCGAUAUCCUGGUAACUGCGCUACACAAAGACUUGUGACUAUUACAGACACGUGGACCCAUAUCUAAUCAUUACCAUGUGACAUUGUCAUCAUCAUUAUUAUUAUUAUUAUUAUUAUUAUUAUUAUUAUUAUUAUUAUUAUUAUUUAGGAGUACAACUUGUUCCACCUAUGUUUUGAGCAGCAUGUGUUCCUGUUUUUCUUGGUUUUUGGCUGCUAGUGGACACCAUGCAAUUGUCCUGAAUCAGACACACACACACACACCGGAGAUCUCAUUUCAAAUUUGUCUAAUUCAAUCGUAAACAAUACUAUGAAAGCUCCACUCUCAUUCCUCUGAGUUUUGCAGACAUGAGGCUGAGUCUCUCAAAAUAUCUCAAACACUUUCUCUUAACUGGGAGACAGAGUGUUGAGUGGGAUGCUUAUGCUACCAUUGCUGCGAUGCUUUUGGAAGACCUGACCCAGAAUGCAAAUUCGACAGUGCCCUCCACUAAUAUUGGCACCCUUGGUGGUAAAUAUGAGCAAAGAAGGCUGCAAAAAAAUUGUCUUUAUUGUUUAACCGUUUGAUCUUUUGUUCAAAAAGUUCACAGUAAUACUCUGCUUUCAUGGAUAUCAAAAAAUUACAAACCAAAACAGAGGUUUAUCAAAAAUAUAUCUUUGUUAAAUAUAGGUGUGCAACAAUUAUUGUCACCCUUUUAGGCAGCAGCUCUGAGUCUUCUCCUAUAACACCUGAUGAGGUUGGAGAAUAAAUGGCGAGGGAUCUGAGACCGUUCCUCCAUACAGAAUCUCUCCAGAUCCUUCACAUUUCGAGGUCCACGCUGGUGGACUAUCCUCUUCAAAUUGUGUUGAUGUAUGUUUUGGAUCUUUGUCCUGCCCAUUUUCAGAUUUCUGGCAGAGGCAGUCAGGUUUUUAUGUAAUACAAUGGAUAACUAAUGGAAUUUGUCCUAUGAGUUACUACAUAUUUACACCUCUGUGAAACAGGAAGUCAUGGUUGAACAAUUUCCUGUUCUGAGUCACCCAGGUGUACUAAAAAAAUGUACAACAUCAAUUGAAACAUACUUCAAAUAUAUUUUUCUCAUAUGAAUUCAUAGUUAGUUAUGCAAAUAAUUGUUUCACACCUAUAUUUAACAAAUAUAUAUAUAUUUGAUAAACCUGUGUUGUGUUUGAUAUCACAACACAGUUGUUUGAUAUCCAUGAGAGCAGAAUAUUUCUGUGAAUUUUUUAAAACAAAAGAUCAAAAGGUUCAACAAUAAAGACCAUUUUUCAGGAGAAUAGACAUACUUACCAAGGGUGCCAAUAUUAGUGGAGGGCACUGUAUGUUAAACAUCUUAGGGCUCUAGCUUGAGUUUAUAGAUCUAAGCUGUGUUUAGUGAGUGAUUCAGUGUGGUGCCUUUACUUUAAAGCAUUAAAACAUACAAGGUGUUUUUUUUUUCUUUCUCUCCAUUCACCUGUUUUUUGGGGGGUUUUUUUGCAAUUUUCCAAAAAAGCCAUUUUCUCAUAAUUUAGUCAUAGCCAUCUACUGUAGCUAGAUUUCUUCCAGGAGGGUAAAAGGCUAACACGAUCUAGGCUUCCUCUGAUUUCAUGGGACGAGAGUGCUAACAGACCUGCUCUUUACAUAAAGCUAGCAUUUCUCUGAUCAACAGAGGAAAGUAUACGUAGGCCAGCCUUCCUGACAGUUACGUCCUCUCGGAUUCCUGGCCAAGGCUGCAUAUUAGGAAAAGAUCAUUGUUGUGUAUAAACGGUGAUGGAAACAGAAUGCUUGCAUUAAACAGUGACUGUGUGCGAGUGUGUGUUCUAGUUUCUCCAUGACUGUUUUGAUUGGCUGGCACCCACUUUUUCCAUCUCAUAACGUUCAGCAGAACAUGCGGUUGAUGCGAACACACAAGCAUUCCCAUUUUACUUUUACAGAUGUGAAAGUAAAAAAGUUGGAUUAGCGUUGAAGCAAAUCUGCGACGCAUGGAACAAGAGAGACUGACAGACAUAUACUAUAUUUUAAUACUAAUAUAUUCGUUUUUAUUUACAUGCUUUACCGUAUUUGUAAACCUGUUUAAAUGUAUUCUCGUUUUGCAUACAAAUAUAAUGUCUCUAAUAGCUGUGUGCACUGUCUGGAGAUUAAAACCCUUAAAGGUUCCAUGUAGAACCCUACAACAAAUCAUGCUAUCGAAAAGGGUUCCAAGUAGAACCCUGUUUUGGAAGAACCCAUUACUAUCCAGUGAAACAUGAUAGUUUCUCUUGUUGUAAACAAUGUUUUUCUUUAAUCCAAGAACCAAUCAGGAGUCAAACAUUUAGCUUGUGCCACUUCAAGGGUUCUACAAAGGUUCUUUAAGGGUUCACUUUGUAAUGGCCAUUACAAAACUACUUUUAUGUAUAGUGUAUAGAAAAAAUAGCGUAUUAGAAUGUGCAUGUUGAUAUAAACCUGUGCUACUGUCACUGAGCUGCUGUUAUAGAGGAUUUAAUCAACACCUUCUGACCAAUCACAGUCUAGAAUUCAGAAGCACUGUGGUGUCACUAUAUACACUUGACUUAACUGCAAAAAGUAUGUGCAUCCCUGACUAUCACACCUGUAUGUGCUUGCUGAACAUCCCAUUCCAGAUUUAUUCCCCUUUUUACUGUUAUAAUGCGCGCUACUCUUCUGGGAAGGCUUUCCACUAGAUUUUGGGGUGCAGCUAUGUGGAUUUGUGUUCAUUCAACUACAAGAGCAUUAGUGAGGUUGAGGUCAGGCACUGAUGUUGAUGUGAGGAGACUCCAGUUCCUGUUCAUCCCAAAGGUGUUCAGUAGGGUUGAGGUCAGGGCUCUGUACAGGACACUCCAGUUUUUCCACCUUCUUCCAACCUUCACACACCACGUCUUCAUGGAGCUCACUUUGUACACAGGGGUAUCAUCAUGCUGGAACAUAUUCGGGCCUUUUAGUUACAGUGAAGGGAAAUUAUAACGCUACAGCAUACAGUGAUGUUCUAUACAACUGUGUGCUUCUGACUUUGUGGCAACAGUUUGGGGAAGAACCACAUAUGGGUGUGAUGGUCAGGGGUGCACAUAGUUUUGGCCAUAUAGUGUAACUUGUUGGUUCUGGUGAUAUUUAAUAAUAACUAGACCAUUCUUCAUGAAUUUUAUGGAAACUGUUUAUGGAUUACACUGGGGGUUUUUUCCAGCAGUGUCUAUCUGUCCUACGUAAACUAACCCUAAAUUUAUUCUCUAGGUUUACUAUAAUCUAUAAUAUAAGGACAAAUGAAUGUGUC